CCGAUGUUGUGAAUUAUUUCAGAACAGCUGGAUUUGAAGAACAAGCCAAUGCUUUUCAAGAGCAGAGCCUACCCAGGGCUCGCCCUGCGCAGCCGAGAAACCAAAAUGCCCGCGAGGUUUGCAGGGUGUCCCCGUGCUUUGCUACUGCUUCUCUCCUCCGUGCCCCUGUGGGCAGCUGAGAUCUCCUGCAGGAAUGAAAAUGGGGAGGCAGUUGAUUGGUUUGCUCUUUACAAGUUGCCAAAACAUGGCAAAGGAGAGAUAUCCAUGCUGGGGCUGGAAUACAUGUACAUGGACGCCCUGGCUCCACAGUGGCAGCUCGGUAAAUACCUUGUCAACAUGACACAAGGCGCUCUGGGGCAAACACUGAAGCAGCUGUAUGAGAUGUAUGAAUCCCAGAAGAAUGGCAUUGCAUAUGCGAUAUACAACGAUGAGGUCCCUCAAUCAGACUCUGAUAGGUGGAAAAGAGGACAUACCAAAGGAUUUCUGCUCUUGGACAAAUCACAAGGAUUCUGGGUGAUUCACAGUGUGCCCCUGUUCCCUCCCAUCCCUGAGGAUGGUUAUGGGUAUCCAGCUACUGGGGAGAUCUAUGGACAGACGGCCAUCUGUAUAACCUUCAGAUAUGACCAGUUCACUCAAAUAGACCAACAGAUGCUGAGUUAUAAUCCAGGAAUCUACAGCUGCUCCAUCCCUAACAUCUUUCAAGCUGAUCUCCCAAAUCUGCAGAAACUCUGUGCAGGGUCCAGGCUGCCCUCUGCCCCCUUGCGCCACCUCUCCAAGCUCCAGUCAGCUCAGGGGGAAACCUUUCUCCACUUUGCAAAGUCACAUUUGUUCAUAGACGAUAUCUACGUGGCCUGGAUGGCUCAGGAGCUGAAGACUGAUUUGUUGGCUGAAUUCUGGCAGCAUUCUGGCCAAAAACUUCCCUCAAAUUGCUCUCUUGACUAUCAUGUCUACAACAUAAACCUAAUAGGGAUGCCAUUGAAUUUCACCUUUUAUUCCAUUAAUGAUCAUUCUAAAUGGGCUGUUUCAAGGGAAUACAAAGAUCAGUGGACCUGCAUUGGAGACUUAAACCGGACUGCUGAGCAAGCUUGGAGAAGUGGUGGGUUCAUCUGUAUGCAGAACGAGCACAUCUACAAAGCCUUCAGGCAUCUGAUAAUCCACUAUGACAGUUGCCCUGGUGCUUCUCCAGUGAUAUAACAAACCAUUCCUCCCAAACAGCACAGCCCCUCAUUACAUAGAAGGUGUAGGAAAUGUCUCCCUUAAAGUAUGUCCUUCUCUGAAAAAUGGCCCUGUGAGUUGCCAGGUGUGUUGGGCCUUCACCUUGUUAGCUGUAAAAGCAGUCAGUUUGCAGGUAAAGUAUGGCUGGUUUUCUCUGGGUGCUGCACCAGCAGCACACUCUGUGCUGUCCCCAGCUCCUCCUGCCAUCAGCACUGGGCUGGGACACUGCCAUACAAGCAUGCACCAAAGCACAUCGCUAUGAGCAGCCAUGCACAGGCGUCCCCAGGGGAACUUGUGGGUGAUGAUGGAUAUGGGAUGGGAGGUACAACAGGAACCUGUCUCACGCACUAGGUUGUCAGGGAUGGGCAGUUAACAAGAGAAGAGUAUCCGAGAAUGCUUCAGAAUCGCCCCAUAUUCCAGGCACUGCUGAGAUCAGGCACAGCACUUCUGCUCAGUUUGAGCUGACUCUUAAAGAGCUGACAGACUUGGAUACAGGCAGGGAGAUGAGUUUGUGGACAGGAAGGCUUCAUUUUUACAUGAUUAAUUUUUAGAGGAGAAAUGAGCUUUAAAUCAUUUGUAACCAAUAGCUUGGGAGCAUUUAUAGUGCUUUUAUUCAUGUACAGCAAUCCUAUAAACAAAUAAAGAUGUCCAAAAUAUGAGUAAGCAAAAUAAAUUAAGAGUGAAAAUGGUCUGUUUACA